AUCCGGCUGUGCUGCGGCUCUCCCCGGGCCAGGAGGAUUCCUGGCUGUCGACCCGGGAAUGCAGAGCCUGCAGCAAAUAAUGGAAAAUAAAGAGCAUGGAGGAGGGAGGAAAGGCAGGAACAGAACGUUUCAGGAACGCUGCAAAAGUCUGGACCCGUCGCGCAGGGCAGGGUCCAGCAGAGACAAGGGCGCCGGACCAAAGGGAUGCCGGAGCCGGCGAUGGGGGUGGCCGAGGCCAGCGUCCUUCAGCAGGAGAGGCUGCAGGCCAUCGCGGAGAAGCGGAAGCGGCAGGCGGAGGUGGAGAACAAGCGGCGGCAGCUGGAGGACGACAGGCGGCAGCUGCAGCAUCUCAAGUCCAAGGCCCUGCGGGAGCGCUGGCUGCUGGAGGGGGCCCCCGCCUCCGCCGCCCCGGGGGAUGAGGCCAUGAAGAGACAAAUGCAGGAGGACGAGGCCAAGACCAGGGAGCUGGAAGAGACCAUCCAGAGGCUGGAGAAGGAGCUGGAGAUGCUGGAGAACGGCAGCUCGGCAGCUUCCACCAGGGAGAACCUGGCGGAGGUGGCGGCAGCACCAGCACCAGCCCAGGAGGAGAAGGAGGAGGCCAUCCCCAACACGGAGAAGAGUCCCCUGGGCGCCAUCAAGGCCGAGAAGAGGGUCUCCAGCAGCCCGGUGAAGGCAGCGGAGGGCACUGACAUGAUGAAGGCAGCCAUGUACUCGGUGGAGAUCACGGUGGAGAAGGACAGAGUGACUGGGGAGACCAAGGUCCUGUCCAGCACCACCCUUCUCCCCCAGAACCACUGUCCGCAGGGGGUCAAGGUGUACGAGGAUGAGCGGAGAGUGGUGCAUGCGGUGAGUGCUGAGGACGGCGCCCUGGCUGACGGCGCCCAGCCGCUGAGCUCCUCCGAGGUCGACGAGCUCCUGCACAAGGCCGACGAGGUGACCCUGAGUGAGGCGUCCGCCCGGGAGCCCACGGGCGCCCCGGGCCCCCAGCCGGCCGGCCAGCAGCAGACGCCGCGGCGGGAGAUCACGGGGCUGCAGGCGGCGCCGCGGGAGAGCGCCCCGGCACUGCCGCCGGGCCAGGGCACCGAGCAGCCCGUCACCAUGAUCUUCAUGGGCUACCAGAACGUGGAGGAUGAGGCUGAGACCAAGAAGGUGCUGGGGCUGGAGGGCACCAUCAAAGCGGAGCUGGUGGUGAUCGAGGACGCCGAGAGCAAGCCGGCACCGGCAGCGGCGCCGUGCAAGGAGCACGCGCCGCCCAACGGCACGGCGCUGGAGCCCGCGGCCGCCCCGCCGCCCCAGGAGAAGGGCCCGCAGCCGGGCACCGCCGCCACGGACCCCACGGAGGCCGAGCAGGACACGGACGCGAAGAAGCAGCGCUGCAAAUGCUGCACGGUGAUGUGAGGUCGCGCCGAGAGCGCGCCGCCCCGGCUGCCCGUCCCUGCGCCCCCCGCCCCGGCCCUCCCCGCUCUCCUGGCCCGCGGCCCCGCCGGGCGUGGGGUUUGCUUGCUGACUGCACGCAGCUCUGACACUUGUUUUUCUUAAGAACCGGGGAAAAAAUCCACCGUGGCGUUCAUAGCACGUGCGAAGAGCAGCCUCGCUGGGGGCUGUGGUAUCACCCGGGCCGCGUCCUGCCUGAGCCCCAUGCGGCCGCGGCAGCCGCCCCGCAGCGCCGCCCCGCUUCCCCGGCGGGCUCCGUCCGCCGCCGGGGCCGCGCCGCGUCCCGCGGCAGUUCCUCCCGAGCUGGCAGCCGGCGGGACCCGCGUUUCGGGAAGGGCCCGGAGCGAUCGCUCCGGCGCCGAGCGCGGUGCGCCCGCGUCUCCCAGCUCCGCGGCUGCCGGGAGAGACGGUGAGGGCCGUGUCUGCCCCGGUGCCGGGGAGCCGGGCCACCGCCGGCCAGUGUCACCCCGCUCUGCGGCCUUCCGCGCCCCUCGUGCGAGCAGCGACCCCUCCCAGUCGCCCCAGUCAGCGCCACGGCUGUGGCUCUGCUCGCUGGUGCGCGUCUGCAGGGAGCGGGCUGCAGGGGACGGGGGCUUGGCAGGGAAGUGUGCCCCCCCCCAGGACCUGGGAGCAUUGCCCCCGCCACCGCCCUGGGGCAGGAUGAUCCCAUGCCCCCGCUCCCACCAUCCCACCUUGUCCCGGAUCAGACCCCCUGGAUCCCACAGUCCCACCUCAUCCCAGGCCAGGGCCCCCCAGAUCCCGCAAUCCCACCUCAUCCUGGACCAAGCCCCACAAUGGAUCCCGUGAGUCCAUCUCAUCCCAGACCACCCCCCCCAACAGGACCUAGAUCCCAUGAUCUCCCCUCAUCCUGGACCAGGCUCCCACCCUGGAUCCCGCAAUCCCACCUCAUCCCGGACAGCCCCUCUCCUUGCAGCACUCCAACUCCCUCACCUGCCAGCAGAGCCCCAGCCGCUCCACCGGCUUUGGACCCGGAGCCGGACCCGGAGGCAGCCCCGGGCCCGGCCGGAGCAGGAUUGGGCUGUGUCCGGCCGGGAGGCGCUGCAGCCCUGCACCCGGCUCAGCCCAAGCGCACUUCCCGCGCUCCCGCGCUUUUGGUUUGUGAUGAAGCCGUGUGAAGCCCCCGGCCCCGGACCCCCGUUGUUUGUAAGACCCUUGAACCGAGCCAAUAAACCGUGUGAAUAACCAGA